AUGGUCGGCGCUAAGCGAGUUCUGGUCACUGGCGGAAGCGGAUUCAUAGGCAGUGCCAUCAUCAAGGCAUUCCAGGAUCAACGACCAGCAUACGACCUCGUUGUCCUCGACGUACAGCCUCUCAAGGCCAAAAUACUUCAAAAGUCCACAGUUCGUUAUUUUCACGCAGACAUCACAAACGAACAUGAGGUCUCCAAGGCGAUCGGCGCUGCAAGACCAGAUGUUAUAGUCCAUGUCGCCGGAUAUGUCCCCAGCGGCAACAGCAGAUAUAACCAAGCCGAGCGAGACUACACUUUCAAAGUCAACGUCCACGGUACCGAGAAUGUUCUCGCGGCAGCGCGACAAUUCGGCGUGCAAUCCCUCGUGUAUACCAGCAGCUGCACCGCCAUCACCGACCACUCCGCGCACGACUACCCAAACAUGACCGAAGCCCUCCCAGUAGGCUCGGCCACACUGAUCUACGGCGAGUCCAAGGGCAUAUCCGAGCGCCUCGUCCUCGCAGCAAACAGCACGCACCUCAAGACAUGCGCCCUACGACCCUCGACCGUGUUCGGCGCCGGCGAUACCCAGCUCAUCCCAACCAUCCACCAGUGUAUCGCCAAGGGCGAAACCCCUUUCAUCGUAGGCACCGGGUUGAACCUCUACGACUUCAGCUUCGUGUCCAACAUCGCAGACGCCCACGUCCUGGCUGUCGGAAACCUGCUCGACGGGCCCGGCACCGCCGCCGGCGAGGCCUUCUUCGUCUCAAACGGCCAGCCGGUCCCGUUCCGCGCGUUCUGUCUCGCUGUGUGGGCGCAGUUUGGGCACUAUCCCCCCUUUGAGGUCAGGUUGCCUUGGGGACUGGCGUAUUUUGCGGGUUUUGUGGCGGAGAUUGGGACGUUUGUGACGGGGAGACCGGCGACGUUGAGUCGUGGUAGUGUGAAGGAUGCGUGUCAGACGGCAUAUGCGAGUAUCGAGAAGGCUAGGACGGUUCUUGGGUAUGAGCCCAGGGUGUCGAUUGUUCAUGGGUUAAGGGAGGCUUGCAUGGACUACAAGCAGCGGCUCGAAAUCUGCAACAAGAAGGCUUGUUUGCGAACAGUGCAUCAAUGA